AUGAACUUUGCCAAUUUGCUGCACGCAUUUUCCCUGGAAGAAGCGAUCGUUACACAAUUGAUAACGAUCGUCCGUCUUCUGGUGGAAACAUCGGCCACGAUCCUGAUCGGCGUUCUCUGCGCUGCAGCGAUCCGUGUCGCCGGUGGCUACUCAGCUUUGCGGCCGUGGCUCGGACCGGAAGGAAGCAUCGAACGAACUUUCCGAAUCUUAGCAAUUUGCCUUUGCGUUCCGUUGUGUGCAUUGGGCGUCAUUCCCGUCGCCAAAGAGCUUUCUGAUAGUGGCAUGCCUCGACGUGAUUUGGCUGUUCUUUGGUUGAUCGCUCCGCUGCUGAAUCCACUGUCACUCCUCUAUGCCGUUAGCGUGCUACCAAUCUGGCAGUGCGGUGUCUUCCUGAUCAUCGGUUUCCUGUUUGCCUUGGUUAUCGCAGAAGUUGCCAGCCGAUUCUCGGACGAUCGAGACAGUGGCGAGUACGAAUCCGUGCCUAAAGUCGCCAACGGAACGACUAGACUUUGGAAUACGGCAGUAGCGGCAGGACGCAUCGUGACGAGUUGGUCCGUCGUUUACAUUGCCGCAGGGAUCGUUAUCUCUGGACUCAUUGUUGGAAUGAUUCCAUCAGGAGAAUUUGAACGCGUUUUCUCCUUUCAAAACAAGUUCGGCCCCCUGGAGACGGUUGCCCUGACGGGACCACAAAUGGUGACACCGAUUACGUUCACCAUGGCGGUCUCGGCGAUCUUUAAUAC